AUAUGAUACAGUAUCUUAAAGGAACAAAAAAAAAACAAUAUUUACCCCCAUUUUAAAUGUUUUUUUAAAGAGGAAAAUAAGGACAGUUUGGCUGUAGCACACUUCACUUGUGAUAAUGUAGAAAUGUUGCAGGCACUCAAAAUGACCAGCACACAUGUGAUCAUUGGUAUCAAAGAGCUCUCCCUUUUUGGGCUCAUAAAAACAAUCAUAUUCCCUGACUAUUCUGUUCAGUCCCAAGUGUUGCUUUUUCUCCGACCAAUAUCUAUUAGACAGAGAGAGAAAAUACUGGAUGUCCAUUUGCUUCCAGUGACCGUUCCUGUGUCAGAGGUCCAGAGCCAACACAAAGAAAAUACAUACUUUAAAACCACGUCCACCUGUUACCUAGUUCACAGGAGAGAAUAUACCCUAUGUUGUCAACCAGAGGGAUUUGAAGUGCAGCCACAGGGCCACGUGUUUGAGUGCAAUUUUGGUCCAAACUAUCAUCCUACAUUUGAAGUGUUUAUGGAUGUUGAGACUGAGGAGUUCAAAAUGGGGGUUAUGGAUAUAUUUGAAGAAAAGGAAGUGUGGACAACACGUCGAAUCAUUCUUACAGACAUACAGUUGUUUGAAAAUUUUAACUUUAGUUCUGUUUGCAACUUAGAAUUUGUAGACAAUCACAGAGAAGAUCUAAUUGCAAGAGUGACUUCAGUGAUGCCAGUAGCUGAUGGUCUGAGAGGCAAACACAUGAUCCCUCCUGAAAUGUACAGUGACAUUGAUGAUGCAAGAUCACGGCAGACAAAAAUGAGGCUCUUGUUCAACGUUCUUGAUUCAGGAGGACCUGCUGUAAAAGCAGAAUUCUACAGACUACUGAAGGACAAAGAAGCAUGCUUAGUGCAGGACCUGGAGUCUGGAUGUUGACUACAGGUCUCAUUCCUGCUUCUGACAGUUAAGAGCUGUGGGGUCUUCAUGCCAUAAACAUGUGUUAUUUACUCCUAUCUUGCAGUGACUAUCCAAAAGUCUUAAUGAAAUCCACUAGACCUCAAUUUGUAGACCUUCUAGACCUCAAAAGUUUUGUACAAUCAUGAGAUGGACAGUAUGAUUUACAAGUGCACAGCUAUGGACUCCAGAGACAAUACUGUUAUUAAUAAAGCUGUUUCUCAUUUGAAUGUUACUUAUAGCGAUGAUGACUCCUUUGAAGCAUGGUAUAUGGUGCUCAUGGUGCAGUGUUGCCAUGUUCAUUAUUAAUACGCGCUUUUAUGCUUGUUGUUUGCAGGGGCAGAGCCAGGGGAUGGCCAAUGGUGGCCAAGGCCACCAUAAAUUAAUCUUUGGCCACCCCCCCGGCCCUCCCUACCGGCAACUUUUUUGCGGAACCAUUUCUGUACACAGUUGUUCCCAUAUGGACGCAUUUCAACAGCGCACCUCAAACAAGUACUUCUCCACGCAAAAUGAAGGUGGCAGUAAUACACUCAACUUGAAUUUCAACCACCGACACAAUUACAAAAGAAGAAGAAGUAGUGUUGUUGUUGUUCGCGAGUGCUCCAACGGACUUUGCGCGUGCAGUCGGAGGACUGUCUGUUUCCCGCCGCAAGAGAAGAGGUCACAGGUAAGUUAACAAGAAGAAUUAAGUUUAUUCACUAUGUUUGAAAUGUUUCUUGUCUUAAUGUAUGUAUAUUAUGGCUGGCGUGCUGAAGUUGAAACAGACAUGGUAAAGUUUGCUAAGUUAAUUUAGGUUGUUAACUUAGCAGUAUGAAAGUCACAAGUUUCACUGUGUCAGUGUCAUUUAAAAGAGCGUUGUAGAAGGCCAUUAAAAGUAAAGUCAACUUUCAGUGCUGAUUUUGCUUAUUGGUGGUGGUCUGUCUGUGUCAUAUCCUUGAAAGGGAAUUAAAAUGUUUUGUUGGCAGCCAAAUGAUAAUAUGCAAAGUAUUGCAAAGGAAUAUUUUUGAAAUGCUUGCCCAUAAUGUUAAGGUUACUAUAUUUUGGUUUUUCUGUGAUAUUGUAAUGUUUGUUUGAUAAAAGUGCAUUCUGGUAUAUUCUUAUGUCGUGUAAAUUGUCAUUAUGGUGUGAGCUUUAUCACCAAUUAAAAAGACACCACCUUCUGCAAUGCCACACUGUUUCAGAUC